CCCAAGUAAAAGUGAUGGAGGCCGCGGCGUCCGUUAGCGCAGUUGCCAGAGAAGAAAAUCCAAAUGCAGGGCCCAAUUUCGCUAGCCGUCCAUUUCACGAAAACUAUGACCCCGCUGUCGAACACGAGAAUUGGGUGUCCAGGGAUCCCGAACUCGAGCCCAGUGAUGGGGAUGCAUCAUCGGACAACAAGUGUCAGCGAAGGGUCGAUGAAGAGUUGACGACGCUUAGCCCUGAAGAGAUUGAGAGUCGCUUGGACAGAACUCGUCGAGAAUUUUACAAUCGCCGGAAAAUCAUAAUUAAAAACCUGCCAUCCGAUGUUAGCAAUCAGGAGGUUCAUGAGCUGUUGCGCAACUAUGACUUGAAGUACUGCUUUGUGGACAAAUACAAGGGAACAGCUUUCAUCACACUGCUCCAUGGGGAGCAGGCACAAUGUGCCAUCAAAGAGUUCCACCAGCACAUGCUCCGGGAGAGGGAGAUCUCUGUGCAGCUGCAGCCCACCGACGCACUGCUGUGCAUUGCCAACCUGCCCCACGCAUUCUCCCAGCAGCAGUUUGAGGAGCUGGUGAGACCCUUCGGCAACCUAGAGCGCUGCUUCCUGGUUCACAGCGCCUCCACUGGCCACUCCAAGGGCUACGGCUUUGUGGAGUACAUGAAGAAGGACUCUGCGGCUAGGGCUAAGUCUGAGCUGCUGGGGAAGCAGCUGGGCUCAAGGAUGCUGUACGUCCACUGGACUGAGGUGGGUUCCCUCACCUACCCCCUGCUGCACUCCAGGUGUCUCUGUGUGGACCGUCUGCCCCCCAGCCUGCUGACCGCCCAGGACCUCAGCAAUGCCCUGGCCGACACACACACACCCAUCUUCUGCCAGUUGGCUCAGGGCCAGGAUGACAGUUUUCGGCGGUUUGCCGUGUUGGAGUUCUCCUCGGCAGAGAUGGCUGAGCAGGUGCAGAGAGAGGCUGACGGCAGGGCGCUAGGUGGGACCCAUAUCCGGGUCUCCUUCUGUGCCCCUGGACCCCCGGGACGGAGCAUGCUGGCUGCCCUCAUCGCUGCUCAGACCAUGGCCCUGAACCGAGGGAAAGGUCUCCUACCUGAGCCCACAGCCAUGCAGAUCCUCACAGGCCUCAGUAAUCCUGCCACCCUCAAGAUGCUGCUCAACCCCCUCACCCAGGGCAGGAAACAAGGUCUCCUUGGUGCUGCUCCCACCAUGCCGCUGUUGGCUAACCCCGCCCUCUCUGCUGCUCUGCUCCAGCUCCUCCUCCAGAACCAGGCCCAAGUUCAACAGGCAGGACUGAUGGGGGACACCCUUCUGGCUGCUAUGCCUCUCCAGCAGGGAGUCCAUCUACUGGGAGACCUGCCUCAAGGGGCUGUGGUUCCAUCCCUGGGCCUCCAGUCAGACCUUAUGGGACCCAUAAACCCCCACUCUAUGGGUCGACCCCUGGGCAGAGAGUCUCCCACCAGCUUCUCCCAGAACCCCUCCCCCACUCUCCAGGGCAUGUCCAUCUCCCACCUGGGUGGAGUGAUGGGGGCAGAGGGGCCUACAGCACCUGGGUUGUCCAUACUAGGACACCCUCCCAACGAUGUGAGUCUUCCCCAGAACCCCUUCAAUGUCCACAGCUUGUUCCCAUCAGGCACCAACUGCAGGCCCCACCCUUACAGGAAGAGACCAGCGCUAGGCAACUCAUCCAACCAGCGCACACAGAACAUCCACUGUAACUACAGGCUGCGCUACCAGGAGUCCUACACCCCAGACUACCCCCCAAUACACCAGGAUCCUCUGGGCCAUCUGUAUGAACAGCAGGAGGCUCUGGACACUGGAGCUCUGGCAGGGUUCGGACAGCAGUGGUUUGGCCACCCCGGCUACAGUGAGCAGGCCUCCUCCCACUAUAGUUACCCCCCCAGCCCGCCCUCGUCUUCCUACUACAGCUCGGUGGCACCCGGCCCCGGCAGCCUCCCCUCCAGCCAUCUCAACAAGGCUGUGGGCAUGCCUCCGGUGAGCCACUCUAACACACACCCAUCUGGUCUGGGGAUGAAGACUCCCGUUGGUGGUCACAAGCGUCUGAUCCCGUCUCCAGAGCCCAGCCCAGAAGGGGGCUAUGUGGGACAACACUCCCAGGGCCUUGGGGGCCACUAUGCUGACUCCUACCUGAAACGCAAGCGUAUCUUCUAAUGUAAACCAAUCAAAGCUUCUUGUAUGAGUUGCCAAUUAACAGCCAGGAAGUGGCUCAUGGCUCCAUUUCACCCCGGAGCUCCUCCAAUCGGCUUUUAGGUUUGGGCUUGGUGGUCCAGUGGUCUCUCACUUGUGUUACUGCCAGCGACCCCUGGAGGGCGCUGGGGGUGCAGCCGUCGCUAAUCAGGACAUAACAAUGUGUGCCAGUGUAUGGGAGUUUGAUGUUUUCUUUUUUUUGUAAAUAUGAUUUCAAGUGUGCAUGUAAAUUAAGUUUUAUCUUUUUUUUAAUGUAAUUUUUUAAUUCAGGAAAUCCUUUUGUUUAAAAACUGGGAGUUACCUUGUACUAUAAGAAAAUAAUUGUAAAAUCUGAUUUCAGGUUGUUUUUCUUCUGCGUAUUCUCCAUUGGUUGGCUGAACACUUUUUUUUAAAUUUUAGUUUUUAAAAUCUUUUUGCAUUAGCUUUUUCUUCCUGUUGUGAUGGUGUCAACGGGUUUCUAUUUUAAAACGUUUUGCCUCCCAAUAUUUUUGUAUAUAGUUUGUU